UCAGCAUCCUGAAGCAGUUGCCCACCUUUGUUCACAGGCGGCAAUGAAAAAGUUAACAAGAGAAAAAUAAAACCACUAAUGUCACAGUGCUGAAAAAAAAUCUAUUUAAAGUAAACUAAAGCUUCCACCAACUUGUAUGAAGAAUGCAAUUUUGGGAAGAAUAAAUCAAAGGUCACAGUACCAUUAAAUAAGAAUUAAUUGCCUGUGGAAUAUAAGAGAAGUUUUGUGAGAUAAAGAAAUUGUUUAUACUGUGGAUUUAUGUGCUAUUUAUCUAUAUGUUGAUUCUGGGAAUUAUUUGAAUUAAGAAAGAAGGAUUUAUUCACUGGUGCCUUACAUUUUAUUUUGAUAUCUAAAUUGGAUAUGUAAGAAUUGGUGUACAUAGAAGUGAUUUGAGGUCAGGUGAUAGCCUAUCACCAUGACGACAGAAAAGAGCCUCCUUGAGUUUAUGGAGGAGGCCGAGUUGGACCAUUACUACCAAGCUCUGAAGGACCAACUGAAGAUUAAAGCCAUCCACCAAUUAAAGUAUGUAGAGGAAGAAGACCUUAAUGACAUCGGCAUGACAAAGCCAGAGAUGAGACGGCUCAAAAAAAUGUACAAGAAAGAAUUUCCUGCUGGUGCUCUGGGAAAGUUAAAAAAGGCAAUUUUAACUCGAUCAGGUGGAGACAUCGGACGAUCAUUGAGUCCGUCACCUCCAGAACAAAGAUCUCCACGACCUUCAUCCUACAUCAGACCUCCUAGUAAACAAAUCAUACCCGCCAAUUCAAUCCAAAUCAAUAAAACUCUUGGAGAAGGGGAGUUUGGUAUUGUACAGCAAGGGUUAUGGACUACAGAGACAGGAGAAAAAGUCCAAGUUGCAAUAAAAUGCCUUACAAAAGAAAAGAUGCACACAGGAACGACAGAAUUUUUAAAGGAGGCUAAUAUUAUGCAGAAUGUUGACCAUGAAAAUAUUGUGAGAAUGUAUGGUGUUGUAUUAGAUAAAGACGAUUCCUUAAUGUUGGUAACAGAACUAGCUCCAAUGAGAUCAUUAUUAGAGUGCCUAAAAGAACAAUCAUUACGAACUGACUUUCCUUUACCAAGACUUUGUGAUUUUGCUCAAGAAAUUUGUGAUGGAAUGAGUUAUUUAGAAAGUAAACGUUUAAUUCAUAGGGAUUUAGCUGCAAGAAAUAUAUUGGUGUUUAGUAAAUCUAAGGUAAAAAUAAGUGACUUUGGAUUAUCUCGAGCUUUAGGUAUCGGUAAAGAUUACUAUCAGAGUAAUUUUAGUCUAAACCUAAAAUUGCCUAUAGCUUGGUGUGCACCAGAGUGUAUAAAUUAUUUAAAAUUCACCUCAUCCAGUGAUAUUUGGGCAUUUGGUGUUACGUUAUGGGAAAUAUUUACAUACGGGUUCCAGCCAUGGGCAGGAUUAACUGGUCAACAAAUAUUAGAAUCAAUAGAUGCACCAAACUGCCAAAGACUAGAGAGACCAGAUUUAUGUCCUAAAGAAUACUACCAGAUAAUGACCAAAUGUUGGGAACAUGAUCCAGAGAGACGUCCAUUGUUUAGUGAAUUAUUUGUAAUGUUACCUCAGAUGAGACCUACCCAAGUCAAAGCUAUGAAAGAUUUCCCAGAAGUCGUUGUACCUAAAGAUUUCCUGUAUUAUAAAUCAUAUGAUGUCAUAUAUGUUUUAGAUAAAAACCCAGAAGAUUGUCCGAAGUCAGGGUUUUGGAAGGGUGUACUAGGGAAUGGUAAAUGUGGAUAUUUUGAUCCAGCUAAUGUCAUGCCAAUAAUUGAACACAAGAAUAGUCCUAGUGUGUCUAAAAGUAUCAGUAGAAAAGAAUCAAAACGGGAAAAUGGUGAUGCAAAAAUAAAACUAUCACGUAAAGAAUCUAAAAGAGAGAGUGGAAGUUCAUUCUUCUCUAAUAUACGACUCAGUCGUAAAGACUCUAAAAGAGAAAACCAGGAAUCAAACACACCUAAAAUUAAACUCAGUCGAAAAGACUCUAAAAAGGAAAAAGAAUUGGACACACCUAAAGUCAAACUUUCAAGAAAAGACUCGAAAAAAGAAAAAGCUGACUCAGACCAACCUAUGGUCAAACUUGUAAGGAAAGAAUCAGACAAGAAAGAAAAAUCACCCAAAAAGGGUGGUAAGAAAGAAUCAAACAGGAAGUCAUUAAGGCGGUUCAACGCUGAGAUGAUCAGUGGUCCACAGAAUGAUCUUCGCCACACAGGGCAUAUUGGUUACGAUGGUGCUAUUUUCGGUGAUGUUGGUUUCAUUGGUGAUAAUUACGACAAACUGCCGGUCAAAGUUGCUAGUACAGGGAAAGAGGGUGAAAGUAGGAUAUCAACUGUGAGUCUUAAUCGAGAUGAGAAUGGACAUAAUAUGAAUGGAUCUCUGGGUACAAAUGGUCACUCCUGGAUAAGUCAGGAAUCUAUAGAUAGUCAAUUUGUAACAAGGACAGACGAGGUUGACAGUGGAGAUUUCCAGUAUCAAGAUAUAGACGAUGAUUCUAUAUUUGCUGACUUCAAAAUGCCUGACAUUUCGAGUUCUUUUGAUUUCGGACCAUCAUUUAUGGAUGAAGUAUUGAAAGCAAUAAACGACAAAGAGGCAAAGUUGGCAAACUCAUCAUCCAAUGAUUCAUCAGCAACCACAACACCUCAACAUGAAUCACCUCCUAAACUGAUGACCAAUGGGAGAGGAUCAAAAUCACCACCACCACCACUUCCUGUUCAGCCACCUAGACUAGAACCCAGAAAUAAGGAGCCCCCCAAACCAGAACCACGAAAACAAGCUAAGGUCAAACCAAUGUCAGCAUCAGAUGAAAAAAUGAUAGAUGACGCUAUUGCCAUGGCAAAUGAAUUAAGUUCUCGUUCUCAUAUGUCAUCAUCACAAGAACCUUCAUCACCAGAUAAAUAUCAGUCAGAUUCAGAAAGUGAUUCAGGGUCACCACAGAAUGGAUCAAGAUUCAAAUUCUCAUUUAAACGUAGUCCUAAACUUGAUCGUCAAAGGACUUUCUCUGAAGAGAUAAAAAAUAAAUCAGAUCAAGUAGAAAGUGUUCCUCCUGGAGCAAUGGAGGCUUAUAACCAGUUAGUUAUGAGAGGUUCUGUGAAGGAAAAAUCUGGUACUUCAUACUCCUCUGAAGAAAGGGAAGUUACUCCACCUAAAAGAGAGGUUACCCCUGUCAAAAGGGAGUUAACUCCAGUAAGAAGAGAUAUAACUCCUGCAAAAAGAGAAAUAAUUCCUGCAAAAAGAGAAAUUACUCCUGCAAAAAGAGAAAUUACUCCUGCAAAAAGAGAAAUUACUCCUGCAAAAAGGGAAAUAACUCCAAUUGAAAGAGAGGUUACACCAGAAAGAAGGGAUGCUACUCCUGUGCAUCAAGAUAGUUCAUAUGGAGUGCCUCUUGCAAUGAUAGAUGACUUUGAUUUAGAAACACCUGAAAUGAAUUUUAAUCAAUUUACAGAGAUGAGUUAUCAUCAGAAACCAGUUCCAAAACCACGGCCUGACAGCAAACGAUCUGAUAUACCAAUUCCUGCUCCAAAACCUAGACCAGAAAUUAUACAGAGAGUUGAGCCUGUGCCUCGUCCACAAAAACCACCACCAGAAAUUCCUCAGGAAUAUGAUCUUAAAGUGAAACUACCGGAAGAUGAAUAUAGACCUAAAAUAUUAGACACUUCUAGUGAACAAACAUCAGAGUGUGACUCUGAAGACAUUAAAAACAAUGUAGAAGUGUUAAGGAUUGAUGAACCUGAUUCAGACAAUGUUCAUACUGAUUCUGGUACUGAGUCAGUCAAUAGUGCUACAGAAGUGAAUCGUCAAGAUGAUUCACGUCGGGAUUCUUAUAAUAAAUCUUCUAGUCUUUUUGUAGGGGAGGACUUUUCUGAACCAUCCCCUCGUGAAAUCAUGAACAAACUUGCAAGAGAGAGUAGAAUACGACGCUCCCUUGAUCAUCAAAGAGGAGUAAUCAGCGGUAGUGAGGAAGGACCUUCUCGUAAUAUUCGUGAACCACAAGGUAUUCCUGGUAAAGGAGCUAUGUCCUCAUCCACUGGUGGGGAUGAAGACGUGGAAACAAACCCUUUAAGAAUGUUAAGAGGUGGUGCUAUCCCCAUACGUGGAGGUCGUGUUGGUCAAGGGAGAAGAACUGCGAGGAAGUAGAGAUGAUGAGAUCUGUGUUUAAAAAUGAGAUUAGUGUUGAAGAUUGCCAGCAGGCCCUAACAGAGACUAAAUGGAUUGUUCCCAUGGCAAUAAAAUAUGUCAAACUCAAACAAUUAUUAAGUGCUCAACUAGGGGACAUAACCCUGUGUAAGGAAGCCUUAAUGGCAUGUGACUGGGAUGUCCAGAGAGCAGCCAAUCAUGUUCUCUCAAAUUUAUCUAGUCCAGAAAUAAUUGAUGUGUAGCCAUAGUGAUGUAGUCUAUUUAUAGACUGAAUUGGAAUGAAUGAGAAGACUAUUUUUAGAUGACUUGAAUAUGUGUGAAGAUGGUCAAGAAAGAUUGUGAUGAAGUAUUUGCAAUUUUUGAUACUGACAAAUUGGUGCUUUAAAGGAAUCAACUAUUAGAAUGUCUGUUGAAAGUAGAAAUAUUGAUGCAUUUAGUAUUAUUUAUAUGUCAUAAAUAUUGAACGUUGAUUUUUUGUAUUAAUCAAAAUGAAUAAAAUUAGUUUAUGUACAUUUAUUAAUUAUGCACCAAUUACAAGGAUAUGUUAAAUAAGUUUAUUCUCGGUCAAUGUGCAUACCUGCAAUAAAUAAACAAAAUUGAUGUGUCCAUUUGAUGUCCACAAGAUUUGACUCCACAAUGUUUAGUAUUAUAAUUACAUUAUAACUGCUUCGUUUUUAACAGUCAUAGAAUUUUCGGCUUCUGUAGCAUAUUAAGGUGGAGAUAAAUACUAUUACAACAACCUGUUUGUCAUGUGAUGUUAAUGAUAUUUAAUACUGUCCUGUAAAACAGGUUCGUUCAAAUAAUUGGAAAUAAAAGCAUUUAAUCAAUCAUCAUUUGGUCCAACUUUUACAGAACAAGUGAUCUCAGAUUCAUUUAAAAUUUUCUCUCCUUCUUCCAGAAUCUGUGUUUUGACCAUUGAAAUGUUCUCUCAAUCAAAAUCAGUGUUUUGACCAUUGAAAUUUUCUCUUCAUCAUGUUCAAUGUUUUGACCAUUGAUAUUUUGAUCUGAUAAAUGCAAAACUGACAUAAUCUGUAGUGAAGUUUUUGUAUUUUUUAAUGGUUCAUCAGAGUGUAACUUUAGUGUGGUACAAUGUAUUUUACAGUGAAAAGAGAUGCAUUGGUUUUUUUUAUGAAAAACAUAUUUAAGUUUAGUUGCAUUAAGUUUUUUGAUUAUUUUUUGUUCAUGCAAUAUAUUUAGUUAAAUUAAAUUGCUCAGUAUUUUUUAUUGUUCUAUGUUAAUAAUUAUUUUGUGCCUAAAAUAGGUUUGCAUUGACAUUAAAGAAGAUUCAAUUCUUCCAUAGAAAACUUGUUUUUAGGAAAUGAAGGAAAAUAUUGUCAAUUUUCUUCAAUUUUAUAGAAAAAAAAUAAUUUCUCAAUGCAUUUCGCCUCAAUUAAUAAUAAAACAUCACUAUGCAAACUUAGAUGCAACCUGUAAAGAGCUCACAAUUUAAUUUGUAUUCCAGGCAUGCAAUUUUUCUAAAAUUAUAUUCAAGUUGAUAAUUUCUAAAUAUGACCUAUGUGACUGUUAAAGGUUAAGAAUAGUUGGAGGAAAAAAAUGUUGUUUUCUUGAAAUUCAGAAGAAGAAUUAUAGUUUUCACUGAUAACAGGCUACUAUUUGAACUUGGAAUUAUUUUUAAUUAUGAAAUUUGUUUGAUUUCUUGUUAAUGAUUUUUUUAAUAAAUUCCAGGUUUAUUCUGUACUGAAAUGUUCUGUGCUGUGCACAACACUUUCUAUUACUAAGAAUAUAGUAUAUUUUCAAUAGAAUGAAACAACACUAUCUAACCAAAAUACAUUGUAUGGAAAGUGUUAUUAACUGCUCAAAAGAUUUUAAUACCA